UCUUAUAAAAAGCUUAAACGUCAUGACGACGCUCACAGCUGCCAAGUCGUCCCUUUUCAGACAAGAAGGACUCUUUUGUUCUCCCUUGUCUCGGGAAGGCUUGUAGUUAGUCUCCCCUUAGGCCCUUUUUAGUUUGUCAGUGUGUGUAUUGUAACUUAGAGAAAAAAAAACAAAUCUUCCAAAAACUACCAAAAAAAGUCUAAAACCCAAAAGGAACAAAAAACCGCAAACAGCCAAACUCGACACAAAAAGUUUUCUUGUCUGUCUUAUUGUAUUUUGUUUAUCAGGUAUCGAUCUAGGAAGAAAUUUAAUCAAAAAACACACAAUUAGCAAUGGCAGUUAAUAUGAACCCCCCGCCUAGUUUUCCACCACUUCAGUCUCUUUAUGUCGGUGAUCUUCUCCCUGAUGUCAAUGAAGCCGUUCUUUUUGAACAGUUUAGUAAAGCUGGUCCUGUGCUCUCCAUUCGUGUUUGUCGUGAUCUCAUCACAAAGCGAUCGUUGGGAUACGCUUAUGUCAACUUCCAGCAGCCAGCAGAUGCUGAAAGAGCAUUGGAUACUAUGAACUACGAGCCAAUCAAGGGACAGCCUUGUCGUAUCAUGUGGUCCCAGCGUGAUCCCUCCCUCCGUCGCUCCGGAGUCGGAAACAUUUUCAUUAAGAAUUUGGACAAGUCCAUUGACCACAAAGCUCUGUAUGACACUUUUAGUGCCUUUGGGAACAUUCUUUCAUGCAAGGUGGCAACUGAUGGCAACAGGCACUCCAAAGGCUUUGGUUUUGUUCAUUUUGAUGAGCAGGAGGCAGCUGACCUUGCCAUUGAGAAAGUCAAUGGAAAGUUACUCAAUGAUAUGAAAGUUUAUGUUGGCAAGUUUAUACCAAGGAAGGACAGAUCUCAUACUAAUGGUUUCAACCAGCACUACACCAAUGUCUUUAUUAAGAAUUUUGGAGAGGACUUUACUGAUACGAUGCUGUACGAUGUCUUUGAGAAGUAUGGUAGCAUCGUCUCUGCUGUUGUGAUGAAGGAUGGUGAAGGUCUCUCUAAAGGCUUUGGAUUUGUGAGCUUUGAAUCACACGAGGCAGCCUCAGCUGCUGUACAAGCAGUUCAUAAUUCUAUUGUUAACGGGAGACAGGUUUAUUGUGGUAGAGCUCAGAAGAAGAAUGAGAGAUCACGCGAGCUGAUGCGUCGUAAGGAAGAGCAAAGGCAGGAGAGACUCUCGCGCUAUCAAGGAGUCAACUUGUAUAUUAAAAACCUGGAAGAUACUCUUGGCGAAGAAAAGCUCAAAAGUGAAUUUAGCAAGUUUGGCAGUAUCACUAGUGCAAAGAUAAUGACUGAUGAAUUUGGACACAGCAAAGGUUUUGGUUUUGUUUGUUUCUCGUCUCCUGAGGAAGCCACUAAAGCAGUAACAGAGAUGAACGGACGCAUUGUAGUCUCGAAACCACUCUACGUGGCACUGGCCCAGCGUAAGGAAGAGAGGCAGGCUCACCUUGCUGCUCAGAGGAUGCAGAGGAUUGCCCGUGGGAUACCUCAAGGACAAAUGCAGAUGUAUCCGCCUUACUACAUGCCUGGAAUACAGAACCAGAGACCAUUCUUCACAGCAAUGGCUGCAGGGUACACCGCUCGUCCAUGGCAAGGUGGACCGAUGCACCGCCCAUUCUCCGGAGGAUACAACAUGCACCACAGGACACGAGCCAAUGUCCCACGUCCUUCGGUUGGAGGAGCAGGAGGCGCUGGUGGUCAGAGGAUGAACACUCCUCAGACUCAGAGGAUAGCACCACAGCAGCGACUCAAUCCUCAAGGACGACCAGGUGGAGUCCAGCAAACGAAGCUCCAAUUCUCUGCGGGUGCUCGGAACCAACCAGGAGGACCCAUGGGCGGAGGAAUGGAUCUGGGACAAGACCCAGAGCCGCUGUCCACCCUCUCUCAGACUGACCCCAUGAAGAGGAAGCAGAUCAUUGGAGAGCACUUGUACAGGGCUAUCUCUGCCUCUCACCCUGAUAAGGCUGGGAAGAUAACUGGGAUGUUGCUGGAGAUGGACAACUCUGAGCUCCUUCAUAUGUUGGAGGCUCCAGAGUCUCUCAAUAGCAAGGUUGAAGAAGCUGUUAAUGUUCUUCGUGAACAUGAACAGCAGCAGCAGCAGCAAAUGUCUGGAUUUUCUGGUCAGUCUAAUCUUCCUAUUGCAGCUGAGAGUGCUUAAGAACUGGAACAAACUUAACUUGAACCUUUAUUUAACCGAGUUAUUAUUAUUCUUGUUAUUAUUAUAAUUUGAGUCUUAAACUCUAGUUGAUUUUCUUCUUAAAGAUAAUUUCUUCCAAUCAAAAAAA